UCGGCGUGAAACGAUUGGUUACUGUUAAAAAGCCACAAGUCAAGAUAAGCGAUAACAUUAAUAAGGGAAUAUAAGUAGCAAAAAUUAUUCAAAGAUAUACAAUGGCCAACUUUCGUAUGGGACCAGACACGCAUGUUGUACCUAUGACACUAUUUCGCAAUAAUCGAAAUAAGCUUGCUUCAGUUCUACGUGAGAGUUCCGGUAUAAGAGCCAAAACAAGUUAUGUACUUUUGAAAGGUGGGAAGGAAGUUAGCUUCAAUGAUACAGAUGUUAAUUAUCCGUUCCGUCAAGAAUCAUACUUUCAAUAUUUAUUUGGUGUAAAGGAACCGAACUGCUAUGGCGUUUUACAUGUCGAAAGUGGUAAAUCAACUUUAUUUGUACCUCGACUGGUUGAGGAGUAUGCAACAUGGUUUGGUCGGUUGCGCUCACUGGAUGAGUUUAAAGCUAUGUAUGAGACUGAUGAAGUGCUUUAUGUGGACCAAUUAAAAAUGUUCUUUGAAAAAGCAUCACCAACUGUAUUAUUAACGCUAAGCGGCAGGAAUUCAGAUAGUGAAUUGGAUUCAAAACCUGCUUAUUUCCCUGGCAUUGAGAAGUUCAAAAUUGAUGAAGAGUUUUUGUAUCCAAUAAUCGCUGAGUGUCGCGUUGUCAAGUCUGCUGAAGAAAUUGAAGUCCUACGUUAUGUUGCGAAAAUAUCAUCAGAAGCACACAUAAAAGUCAUGCAGUUUAUGCGACCAGGAAGACGAGAAUACGAAGGCGAAUCCGUUUUUCUGCAUCACUGUUACGCAGUAGGGGGUUGCCGUCAUACUUCGUACACUUGUAUUUGCGCCAGUGGUGUUAAUACCGCUAUACUGCAUUAUGGCCACGCUGCUGCUCCAAAUGAUCGCAUUACAAAGGAUGGUGAUAUGUGCCUGUUUGAUAUGGGGGCUAACUACUGUGGCUAUGCAGCAGAUAUAACUUGUAGUUUUCCAGUAAAUGGUAAGUUUACUGAAGAUCAAAAAUUCAUAUACAAUGCUGUGCUGGCUGCACGCAACGCGGUGUUGACGAAGGCCCGUGAUGGUGUUUGCUGGGUUGAUAUGCAUAAACUAGCAAAUCGUGUUAUGUUGACGCAUCUUAAAGCGGGUGGCAUGCUUAAAGGUGAUGUUAAUGACAUGUUAGAUGCUGGCUUAGCGGGGAUAUUUCAACCAUAUGGACUUGGGCAUUUAUUGGGACUAGAUGUACAUGAUGUGGGCGGCUAUAUAAAGGGACAACCCAAGCGACCGUCGGAGCCAUGGUUAAAAUGCUUGCGCUUUGCACGUCUACUUAAAGCCGGUAUGUACUUAGCAGUAGAGCCUGGUUGCUAUUUUGUGGGCUGGUUAAUGGAUCGUGCUACAGCCGAGCCAGCACUUAGUCAAUUCCUUAACGUUCAAAUGUUUGAACGUUUCCGUGAUUUCGGUGGAAUUUGCAUUGAAGAUAAUAUUUUAAUAACUAUGGAUGGCUGUGAAAAUUUCGCUGUUUUACCGCGGACAGUGGAAGAAAUUGAAAAAGUUAUGGCCGGAUGAGAACAAUGCUUAAUUUAGUUUGUGUUAAUAUAUCGCAUAAAUAUUA